AGUCGCGGCCACCCUCUUCGUCUUCAUAGCAGAGAGAGGAGGUGUUGGCAGGGCGAGGGAUGCCAACUCGUUUUGCUCGCCCAUCUGCAGAUGAGUAAAUUACCCACAAUAAAAGGAACGGAGUAUAUGAAUAUUGUGAUUAUUGUCACAUAAAUCUCGAUAAUAAAAUAUUAAAAAACCUAAUAGAGAGAGUUGUCUUGCGCCCUGGCUGUCAUCCACAGGUCUGGCAGUCUCACUCACCCCGCACGGCGCGCUCCCUGACUCUUAUUUAUUUAUUUUCCCUUAAUGCGCGCCCCCGCUGCGAGAUCCAGAGCGCUCUUCAUUCUCUGCUCCCUUCACUUCGUUUCCUCUCCUUCUCUCGACACCAUCCAGAACUAUAGCGCAACCGUCCCCAUCACUCUUUUUUUUCCUCCCCUCCUCCUCUUCUUUCUCUCACCGCCAGAUCUUUCUCCUCUGCGUCUCUCGCCCCUUCGUCUCCCCCUCUUCCUCCCCACUCGGUCCCUCACUCCUCUGACGCACGACAGGGAAACGGACCCGAGGAAAGAAAGGGGAAAAAAAAGCAGCAGCUGACCCAACCGUCGAUAUGAUCCACAGACUCUGGCUAUUGCUGCACCGGACAGAGACACGGUCCUGAACACCAGAGGAGAACACUCUCACCCGGCUACACUGUUGUUGAGCGCUCGCCCGGGAGGCAGUGGCGGAGGGGGAGGAGGAGAGGAGAGGAAGAGGAAGCGGACGGGCACAAGUCGAGGACUUGCAUUUUAAGCAAACUGCUUAGGAAAAAUAAAGAAGGGGAUAGAGUGAGAGUCACUGGAGAGCGAGAGAGAUUGCAUUCUUAUCACGUCUUCAUUUCUCCUCUCUUUUGCCUCAGCUACUGUGGGAGGGCGAGAGAGGGGUAGAGAAAGAGAACGAUCAGGAGAGAGAUCUAACAAGAUUCAAACUAGUGGUCUUUCCCCCGAUGCUUUCCAAUUGCAGUGCGAAACUAAGCCCGGCAUCGGACUGUCAACGAUACGCACCGCGCAACAACGGGACCCACCGCAGGAGGAUAUGUGAAGUUGGAAUCCCACGAAACUAAUACUGUGAAGUGGCUCUGUCCCUGGAGCCAAGACUUCAUCCUCCUGGUGUCAGCAAGGAUGCUGUGGGUUACCUUGCUGAGCACCAUAGCUUUAGGAUGGACCACCCCUAUCCCACUACUAGAGGACUCCGAGGAGAUCGACGAGCCCUGCUUCGAGCCCUGUUACUGCGAAGUCAAAGAGGGUAUCUUCCAUGUCCACUGUGACAGUAAAGGAUUUACAAAUGUCAGCCAGAUUUCCCAGAUAUGGAGCCGGCCCUUCAAACUCAACUUGCAGAGAAACUCCAUGAGGAAGCUUUACUUUAACAGCUUCCUCCAUCUUAACAAUGCCAUAUCCAUUAAUCUUGGUAAUAAUGCCUUGCAAGACAUCCAUGCUGGAGCAUUCAAUGGCUUGGGAAUACUGAAACGGCUGUUCCUACAUGAAAACAAACUAGAAGUUUUCCGGAAUGACACUUUUCUUGGGUUGGAGAGUUUAGAGUAUCUCCAGGCAGACUAUAAUGUUAUCAAAAGGAUUGAAAGUGGUGCAUUCAGGCACCUUCACAAAUUGAGAGUGCUCAUACUAAAUGACAAUCUGAUCCCUGUGCUCCCAAAUUAUCUUUUCCGGUCUGUGUCACUCACACAUCUGGACUUGAGAGGAAACAGAUUAAAGACACUGCCAUAUAAGGGCAUGCUGGAGUUUGUUGGGAGGAGCUUAAUGGAAAUCCAGCUGGAGGAGAACCCCUGGAACUGUGUGUGUGAGAUUGUCCAGUUAAAAACAUGGCUGGAAAGAAUCCCUUAUACAGCUUUGGUGGGUGAGAUCACAUGUGAGUACCCAUUCCACUUGCAUGGAAAAGAUUUACGGGAAAUCAAGCGCACUGAGCUUUGUCCAUUGCUCUCCGAUGCAGAGAUUGAGGCCAAGCUGGGAAUUCCUCGGAUCCCAUUCAGCAAUGAGAACACUUGGCCUACUAAACCAUCCUCAAUGCUCUCAUCCUUUCACAACACAGCGUCCUCUGUGGAAUACAAGGAAAGAGUUGUCAAGCCUACCAAACGACCUCGGCCCACAAAGAACCCCCCAACCCCUCGUAGCAUCUAUCCAGGCAUCAACCAGCCCCCCAUUGCUGGUUACCAAACAAGGCCUCCCAUCCCAAUAAUUUGUCCAGCUGGAUGUAUUUGCAACCUUCACAUCAAUGACCUAGGGCUAACAGUGAACUGUAAAGAGAAAGGUUUUCAUAAUAUUUCUGAGCUCUUGCCGCGGCCCCUCAAUGCCAAGAAACUAUAUCUCAGUGGAAACCUCAUACAGAAAAUCUACCGCUCCGAUUUCUGGAACUUCUCCAGCUUGGAUUUACUGCAUUUAGGGAAUAAUCGUAUAUCCUAUGUCCAGGAGGGCGCCUUUAUCAACCUGCCAAACUUGAAAAGCUUAUAUCUGAAUGGGAAUGACAUUGAAAGACUCAUCCCUGGCAUGUUUCGUGGGCUGCAAAUGUUGAGUUAUCUUUACUUUGAGUAUAAUGUCAUACGUGACAUACAGCCUAACUCCUUUUCACUAAUGCCAAAUCUCCAGCUGGUUUUCCUCAAUGACAAUCUGUUACGCUCCCUCCCCACUGAUGCCUUUGCUGGCACCAACCUUGCACGUCUCAACCUCCGCAACAACUACUUCCUUUCUCUUCCCGUGCGUGGCGUUCUAGAGCAUUUGACCUCCAUUGUCCAGAUUGAUCUCCAUCAAAACCCCUGGGACUGUUCCUGUGAUAUCAUCCCCCUUAAACAGUGGCUGGAAAAGCUCUCCUCUGUCAUUGUGGUUGGAGAUGUCAUUUGCAAAACACCUGAGUUUGCUUUUGGGAAAGAUCUGCGUUCACUGGAGGGUGAGGUCAUUUGUCCAGAGCUUAAGCAUUCUUCAGGCCCCUCGCCAGCCCUGCCUGGUGGGAAUGACCUCACCACUGGGAGCUCUGAUAUGGGGGAGGCAGGUGGAAGAGGAGCUGUCCCACUUUCUGUCCUCAUUCUCAGCUUACUGAUCCUCGUCAUCUCUGCUGUUUUUGUGGCUGCUGGGCUUUUUGCCUUUGUUCUUCGUCGCAGAAAGAAGCUGCCCUUUCGGAAACGCUCUGAGGUAGACCUUACAGGGAUCCAGAUGCAGUGCAGAAUUUUUGAGGACCCACCGAGGCAGAGUAGUGCUGGUAACACUGGCACGCCAGAGAAACCAACACAGACUAUGCACACACACACUCACACUAAUCACACACACGGCCACAGCCACGUUUAUGAUUAUAUUCCUCACCCUGUGACUCAGAUGUGUAACAACCCCAUCUAUAAGCCUAGAGAGGGGGAGAUAGCAGAGGAAGACAGAGCACAGUUUUCAGAGAAGAAAGACAAUGGCAGCAGUAGCAACAGUAACUACAGAACCUUGUUAGAGAAAGAGAGAGAGUGGACCCUGGCUGUCUCCAACUCUCAACUCAACACCAUCGUCACAGCCAACCACACCACGGCUGACAUGACAGGAUUUCAUGAGAAUGGAGGGCUCUGCCCAACAGUGAUUGACAGUCAGAGGCCCACACCAACAGUGGGCUUUGUAGACUGUUUGUAUGGGACAGUACCAAAACUAAAGGACAUGCAUGUGGCGCAUGCGCAUCCACCUGGCAUGCAGUACCCAGAUUUGCAGCAGGAUGCACGGCUGAAGGAGACAUUGCUUUUCACGGCGGGAAAAAGCUGCUACCCUGACCCGUCCCAAAGCGAUUACCUCGAGUUAAGGGCCAAACUUCAAGCCAAGCCAGAUUACCUCGAAGUCUUGGAAAAAUCUUACCGAUUUUAACAUCUGUAUCCCAUGGAGAAAAAGAAAAACACUAAACACAAAUCCAACAUAAUUCACAUUACCACCUGCAAAACAAAAGCAACCCAAACCAAUAUUUAAAAAAAACUUGAAAAAGCAGCAUGAUAUAGAAUAAAAUAUGAUAUUACAGUUACAAUGUUUCCCCCCCAAAUCACUUUGGAGGAGAGGCCAUUCUCAGAUAUUUCAAUGAAGUGCCUUUUUUCAGAGUAGCCAGCAAUGUCAACAGCCGUUAUUUUUAUAAUAGAUAUAAAUAUCUCUAUUUGCCCAAGGGAGAGCAAAAGAGGAACAAGAAGGGCACUGGGGGAUUAGAACAUACAUAACAUCCUAAAAUACAGCUGUCACUAAAACCCCUUUUUAUGGAGUUACCAUGACAAGCAAGACACACGGGAGCUGGACGUCUCCCUGACUUGGGGUUUUCUUUCUGUCUCUUACCCCUGACUAGGAUGUACAAAACCCAGAGUCCGUGCACAUAAAGUUAAUAGGAAAUGAUCGAAAGAGGGAAAAAUGAAAUAUAUUAAAAUGAACUGCAGUUUGCUGCAUGCACUCGCUUCAGUGCAGGAAGCGAGGGGAUUUAUUCAGAACUAUCAUGUCACAUUAUGAACAGAGAUACUGCAAUGCAUUUACAGUUCAGUGUUCUAUUUAAUUUUUAUAUCUUAUUAAUAUGGUUAUUACUAUUAAUGAGGACUUCUGUCUAUAUCAGGGUGCUUCUCGUAAAAAGGACGCGCCAGCGUACGGAUGGUAAAACAUUUGUGAAUAUUAUUAUAAGACAAUGCUCAAGGUUUUCUGAAUAUCUCCACGCACUUUGUUAACCCCCACCCCCACCACCCCACCCUCCCAAAGCUCCUCAUUGCUUCUGGAUUCCCCAUUGUCACCCACUAACAGCUUUGUAGGAGGCACUUUUAAUGUUUUCUCUCUCACAAAGAUUUGAAGAAAAAUGUGCAUAUAUUUAUUCUGUAAUUUCAGUGAAGAAUUUAAUUGUAAAGGUAAUGUUAAAUCAAUGUAUAGUGAUUAUGCGUCUGGUAUAGCCUUCUUAAUAAAAACAAACUCUUCAAUCACAUGAUAAAAGAGUUGAUGCCACGGGAACCUGUGUUUGGAGCACUGCUGACAGGCUGUGUAUUUGGUGUCUUGUUAAAAUGACAUGUCGAAGCUGUGAUCAGCCAUCAAGGGAUAAUGCUGCUAAACAGGAAUGUAGUGCAGGGCAAUAGUAGGAAAACUCAGUUUAGCUUCAUAUUAUGUUUUAUUAUGAUUAGUAGCAAAUUAAUUUCAGUUAUGGGGAAAGAAUCUAUAAAAAGGCUAAUAUUUUUUCUGAAAAAUAUCAUAUUUUUUCUGUCUAUUGGUAGCCUUUGUCCUAUGAUCUUUACCUGCUGGAUGUCGCAGUGUGUAAUUGCUGUUUGCCACUACAUUACUCAUCCUAGUUGGAGAUGGUCAAAAGGCAAAAGAUAUAUCAAACAAAAUGCCAGAACAAGUCAAGUGAAUGUCGCUGGCUAUGAAGUGGAUGAUAAGAGAGAAGACAGCAAAUCAGUGAGGCACGCUGUGAUUUUCAUUAUCUAAACGGGCAUUGCUGAUGUAGACUAAUAAAAAGUAAUUGAGAGGGUGAGUGAAAAUGUGAUUGGAAGUAGCUCUGAAUUUGUGCAUUUAAUUUCUGAUUUUCUCCACAAUAGUAAUGUGGUUUCAGUCCACCUGGGGGCGAUAAAAGGCAUUCAGAUCCUUUGGGGAUUUAAUAGUAGUUAUAAUUGACUAGUUGCUAAUCUAGCUAAUUGUUUUCAGAAUGUCUAAAUAUAAAAUCUACAUGUGUAUAAUAUUAACAUUUUUAGUGCAGUUUCAUGCUUUUUUCUCUUCUAUUUUUUGUUUUCUAUCAGUUUUUUUGAAAGUGGAAGAAUAAAGCAUGAAGCUGGAUCAAGAAAACAAAACAUAAUAUUUUUAAAAACAGAAAACAAUCUCAGAAGAGCUGAUAAUUUAUUUUACAUAGUGGUUUUGUUCAAGAUUGUUGUGUACAUUUCAUUUUGUGCAAUGGAAUCCUUUGUGGCAAAUUUAUUCCCAAUAGUCUCCUCCACAUUUAAUCAUAAUCACUUAACUUUAUGCAGUGGCAUCUAUCAUAGUCCAUAUUUUUCAUAGCCUGAUUCUGUUUUCAGACCAAAUAGUGCAAGAAUUAAAACAACAAACAAACAAAAAACAGCUGUGGAGUAAAUAUGGUGUUACAGUACACAUCAUCACUUUUAGUUUAGGAAAAUUAUGAUGCAAUUUUGAUGUCUAUAAUUCUGUGAAUAUCUUUGGAAAGGAGGCUGCGUUUCUGGUUUGUUUUAAAAUGGGCAUGUUACCCAGUUAGUUUUUAUUUUAGUAGGUUUAAUUGGGGUGGUGAUCCUUAGUUGAAAUCGGGUGUUACAGCUUCUCAUAUGUGCCAGCUUAUACUAAGUGGAAGAUAUGUAGCAAACCACAAACUUCAUUGUUGAAUGGGAAGGCCCUUAGCUAUAGAACAGUCAUCUUCACUAUAGUUCCUCACUGAUCUAGUCUAUACAUUUACAUAAUAUGGAAUACCUACUGUAUGCAUUGUCUCAUUUUUUUGACAAUUAUUGUUGCUCAAAUGAGUGGAGGUAACCUUUCAUAUAGCGCCUUUGUAAGCAUGGUAGCAUUUCGCCAAGGCUUUAUGUUUUCUUCUCAGUUUGACGUCCCACCUCAUUUCCCUGCUGUUUUUUACUUUAUCACUUUAACCCUAACACAUGUAUACAGAUAUAUACAUACAAAUAGACGCACAUAAUGCCUUCUUUUUCCUGACCAAGUGGUUAGACUAUAUGUUCAGCAUUUUCAGUAUGUUUUGUGAUCACUGAUGAUUUUGCUGUAGGCCCAUAGCUUGGUAACCUCUUAUUCCCUAUCCCUCAUCACACACUCACCAUAAUAUUUCACAAAUGAGUGCUGGCCUUUGUCCCAUUAUAACAUGCUGAGUUGUUUUGUCCCAAUAAAUCCUCUUGUCAUCCUACACUUAUAUCUCCAAGUGAUUUCAUACUUCAGGGAAUGUCAGAUAAAGGCAACUGACAGAGGUGACGGUUCACUAAAUGUUUCUUUGUGUGUGUGUAAAAUAUAAAUAUGCAAUGCUUGUUUGAAUUAUGGCGGUAAUAUUUUAAUUUAAUCUUUCUAUCAACAUCCCUCUUGAAGUUUCUGCGAUGGUAAGACAUCAACAGGGUAAAUGCAGAGUGUGUCUUUCUUAUCGUUCUUGAUUUUCUCUGUGUCUUUGUCACUACACCUAUAUGUUUUAAAAUGGUUUUAGUGCACUCCUUUCUCUUUGGCCUAAUGCUGUGUUGUGAUUUUUUUUCCCACUCGGCUUUGACUGGGGUUACAGCUUCCAUCAUACAUAAGUCUGGGUUCCGUCAACUUCAAUCUUCAAUCUUACUUUCAACCAUUUUAAUCAAUUUCAAACGCACGCUUGUUGAAAGAGCGAUGUGCUGAAAAUGUCUUUGGACACAUGAAGCUUUAAUUUAUCUCCAUUUGAAAUUCUUUAGACUGUCCUUAAACUGCUGUGGGCACGAUGUCUAUCUUUCAAAUGUCCUCACCCAUCGAUUAUUACAACAUACAGUAUUUUAAUUCGCUGGGUCAUGGAUCUCCCUGACCUUAUUCAGAUAUGUUUUAGUGCUGGAUAGAUGACGGCUGAUGGAUUGUUCACUGGUACAGUUACACUGAUCAAGUAAUGCAAAAAACAUUGACUCUGUCGUGCUGUAAAUGUUCUGCAUUGCUUUCUUCUUGAGUCGGUUUUGUUCUCUUUGCAUCUGAAUGCUUGGCACAUGUUCCCUCAGGCAUUUAUCUGAGCAGUGCAUGGUUAUUAAUGCACACAUAAUUCUUUAUCAAGCAGCUGAUUUAAACCUAAACCAUGACAUAGCUGUUUCAAAUUAGCACGAGUAAGAACUAUAUCACAAGCCUAUUAGAAAAGCUUCUGUAGGCUUCUCACACAGCUCAGAAUCCGCUCUAGCAAAUGGUUGGCAGUAAAGAGAAGGGAGUAUUUUUGUGCUGAGUGGAGGUGGUAACCUGGAUUUGACUGUAUGGAUUACAUGUACACUUUUUAGGUGGUCCCCGGGGAUUUGGUUUGAUGUGUGAUGCUGUGUUGUUCUUCCUCCUCUUCUCUGGCAUUUUUGGCCAGGGUGUUUUUUGUGCCGCUAGUUGUUGUUUGGCUGGUAUGUGCCUGCACUUUCUAAUGGAAUAAACAUAAACCUAUGUCUGUGUGUGCGCAAUAAGAGGGAGAGGGAUGGAUGGACACAGACAGAUAGAUAGGUAUUGUUUUUAUCUGUUCUAUCAGUGUUUGUGUGUUGAUGAGUAUUUGAGUCUUAAUUAACCCAGACACGAUUUGGAAUGGUGGCACAAAAUAAAUAACUAGAGGAAUUAAAAAAAAAACAGGAGGAAAGGAUCAGUUUGAGAGCACUAUUGAUGGAAGUGGGAGCACAAGCGGCUUAGAGAAGGGUGAGAGAACUUGGAGCCAUCAUUAGAAUGAAUGUGCCACUUAGAGAAAGUAGGGAUUCUUCUUACUCUUUUGUCCCUGAAAGAAGCCAUAAUUGUCCAAUUAACCAGAGUCCAAAGCAGAGAGAGGGUGUUAUGAAGGGACUGAAAGAGGACCGCGACCACUUACAUUUUACAUUAUGUGUGUUUGUGUGUGUGUGUGUGUGGUGGGUGAUGUGCUUUCUUUGUUUGGAAACAGGGAAUUAUCUCCAAUUUGCUGAAAAAGCCAAUCUGUCUUUGACUAUGAUGCUGAAGUUGCAGUGUACUGCAGGUGCUGCAUACAAAAAGGCAUGUUCUACUUUUUGCGCAUGCAUGUGUAUUUGUGUGUAGUAGUGAACGUAGGGAAGGUUCACUUACGGUACCCGUGUUGUGCAUUUGUUUUGGAGCUUAUUUGAAUUUUAUGUGUUGAUGGCUGAUUUUCAUUUCUGGUGUCAUAAAAUGCAGUGGAUUUACCUGAGCUAGAUCAUAGAUGUGCUUAUUUGAAAGGAGAGUGCAGUUUUUCCACUAUAUAUAUGCUACUGGUGUUACACCGCACCAGUUUGAUAACAGAAUGGUGACAGGGACAAUCUGCAGAGAGAAGUGCCACACUUUGGCCUCACUGUUAUUGAAAUGGUCCAAACAUUUCUAAAAAGUAUAUAAGAUAUAUAACAACAGAGAAAUGAAAGAAAGAAAGCCCCAAAAGAGAAAAGAGAACCUCCUCCAAUUUGUACAGUUUCCUAUAGUCUUGAGAUCAUAAAAAAAAAAUCCUUUAAUACAUCAAUCAUCUGUGCUGCAGUGCAGGAGCUCGACUGACCCAGUAUGUUGAAUGAGAGACAGCGUGAGAGGGAGGUGGCAGAUGAGAGUACAGUAAGAGGGGUAUAGAAAGCGAUACAGAAAAACUGUGUGGUGAGAGAGAGAAAGCGUGAUUCUUGACCCACUGCUACUUCUGCUGCCGUCUGCGCUGUAAAGACCUGCAUUGUUUGCCUAGUGAAUUGUGGGUCUCCUGAGAAUGUGGCCCUCUCUCGUUUCUGAAAAUACUGCAAGUUUGGGAAAAGUUGCAGUCAUUUGUGCAGCUCAGCAGUGUGCUAGAAUCUCAGUUUCUGUAUGUAAGAAAGAUUAGCAAUCUGUGUCGUUAUCACUCAUUUCUGGGAAAGGGCGGGGAGAACAGAAGGCAUGAUUUCAUAAAAUAAAAUAUGGAGCACGGUGUCCCUAGCUGGUGUUCUGUCUGUGUCCUGCAGUGUGGGGCCUACUUUGAGCUUUGGAGUUACCUGUAGUGAAUUUCCCGAGGACACUUCUUUCUGAUUUCCAUGUAGAGUGAGCUUGGUCACUUAUUAUUUGUCCAUGCAACCACAAGGCAACAUUUGCACAUAAUCAUUUACAUCAACAUCCUCCCCUGACUCUUAGUUGUGUAUUCAUAUUUUUUGCUUUCAAUUUCAAGUUGUUCUCUUCUUAACUAUCUUGCUUUACACUUUUUCCAUUUAUUUUUCUAUCCUUGUCCCUGCAUGUACAUCCACCCAUUCAUAGAUCUCUCACUUAGUACUCAGACGGCCAACCUGACCUUGCUGUGUGUUGUGCUCAGCUGGGUGACGGUCCACUGACCCUAGUUUGGUUCAGUCAGGUAUUCAGCGCUUCGCUUUACCUGACGUGGUACAACUGCUUUUGCAACUAGUCUCCAAGGAUAAGGCUGUGUACAUGUGUCCAUCAGUCUGUGUGUGCUAGCCAGGUGCGUUGCUUUUUAGUGAGAGCUCCAUCACAUCUACAAGUGACCUGAGAGAAUGGGCCAAAUUGGUUGAAAUAAGAGUCUGAUAAGCAUUUCAUGUGCACACCCAAGGUAUUGAGUUGGUGUUAAAAAGCUGCUAUUUGUUUUGGAGGCAUUUGCUGUGCUCCUGGCAAAUUAAAUCAAAACUUCCUUAAAACAAGCGACCCUAUAGGCUGUGUGUUCACGCAGCCUAUUAUGCUUAUUUAACCCAAACUAUGAUCCUUUCUUAAACCUAACCAAGUUGAUUUUGUGCCUAAACCUAACCAAACUGUCACUGUUCCAUUAUAUUAACAGCCUUUUUUUUUUUAAUUGUUGUAACCAUGACAGCCAAGCCUGCCACCACAGAGACAAUAUUUGAGGAGAUGCUCCUAUGGGUUGUAUCAGAGGAUGACAAGUAGCCUUUGUUUUGUUCUGUUCUUUUCUUUUUUUAUUUGAACUGAAAAUUAAAACAUCUUAACAAAAGCUCCUCCUUAGGCAUCUAAACUGAAUGCCAUAGUUUUUGAGGUUUUAUUUAGAGAAAAUGAAACUGAAGAUGAAGGAGACUGGUGCUUCUUUUGUGCUCUACUCAGAUUAUGAAUGGUGUCUCUGGCCGAGGCCAUCUGCUCGCGGUUCAUAUAGCGGAUGUGCCCAAGUGUAUAAUGCUUACAUAAAAGUAGUCUUCAGGCGAUUCAGUACUGUUGCCGAUUUAGGAUUGUGUGCUAUUGAGAGAUUUAGUUAAAGCAGCACCUAGCUGCUGAUUUAAAAGCUUUAAAGCAUGUGUAAAAUUUAUGUUAAUAAGACAAGCACUGAUUAGUGUUAUGCAGACUGCUGUGCCAGUGAAGAAGAAAUAAGAGAGAGGCAGAGGUGAUGACAGAUAAAGAGCUGAUGAAGAGAGAAACAGAGGAGAAGUAGAGAUGAAGGGAGAGACUGUACGUAUCAGUCGGUACAGUUUGGUCAGACUUUGUGGUGCAAUUUCCAGCUGGUUUGUGUGUUUGUGGAUGGAGCAACCCACAUUAAUGAUUCACAAAAGUUCCAUAAACUAAAGGAAAGUACUGUGCAUUUGUAUGUGCAGUAAAUUAUGCAUGUUCAUAGCAGGGUCAACAUGAUGUAAAUCUAUAUUUAUGAGGUCGGAUGAGGUGUUCUGUCAUAUUGUAUCUUGAGCAAAUACAAAUAUUGCUUUUAAACACAGUUAUGCAUACUGUAUGAAUAAAAGAUUUGCUUAUACAUACUUUCAACACGAUCUUUAGACUAACUAGAGCAGACUUACACUUUUUUGUGAAAUUGUAUUUGUAUUGCUAGCGUUGUGUAUUCCCUGUGUUUGUGUGUGUUUCUGGCUCUGGCAGUUUGAUCAGCUUUCCGACUUCCACUGGCCCCAGGCUACAGUAGUAGCAUGAAGGGCGAGUGGAGCAGAAGCAAGUGCAGAAAGAGGGAGGAGUAGUGAUUUAGAACAUACGGCCGAGAGCACAGAGGUGCACUUUUUGUGGCUGCAGGGGGGGGAAAAAAAGAGUAAUUUUGAAAUGGAUUUUUAAAAUUGAAAUGUCAGCUUGCAAGUUUAUGUUUACUUUUAGUUUAGAUUUUAUUGUUCAUAAGACCCAGCUAUAUGAGGUCAGGUGGGAAAAUUGUCUCAGAAGUUAAAAACUGUUUUUCUGCAACAAGAACUAUGCAAUACAGCCUGUCUUCAGUGCUUGAAGCUCCAAUGCCCAGAGUCCUUUUUUAUGUUAAAAUCAGUUUCAGAUACAUUCAGGUUGAGUUACAGGAUUUUUUAAAAGGAUUUGAUUGUUUUUUAUUGUUUUUUUUUUAGCUGUUAAUUAUUUAAAAUGUAUGACUUUGUUCUUGUCAUGUUUCUUAAUUUGAUGGAUGUGAAUAAUCCUUCGGGUUGUGUUGGGGUGGCUGCCUUUUGGCCCACCGAGGCAAAUCCACUGGCAUGUACUCACCCACUAAUUUGGUGUUAGCUACAUUUCUGCUUGGUUAGUAAGCAUAAUGAUGCGUAAUGUGCCUCCGCAUACACUGAAUGUGCUUAUGGUCAUGACUGUACAGUAUGUCUAUGUGUGUGUGUAACGAUGUGGAUGUGUAGAGUGCUCUGCAACUACUCCUAUGGUGGAGAGGUGGGAGAUUUAUGGAGAUUUUUGCCUAAUGAGCAAAUAUCGCUUGCAUUGUUAGCAUUAGUUCAACAAUCUAGGAGUUAGCUUAACUAAGGCCUGACCGCUUUUAAGGGUCAGCAUCCACCCACAUGUGCAUAUACUGUAUACACACAUAUGCCAUUACAUUUCUAUACAGUAGGCGAUGAGGUUCUUGAUAUUGAGAUUUAUCACUAUUAUAUGGUUUGUAAUGCCACACAUCAGCAAUCAGUUAUGAAAGGAGGGUUUACUUUUAAAAUGAAUUUUUAAUGGGUAGAGGGGAAACUGUUUUUAAUGGGCAUGUGGAAAGCCUCUCAACCAUAUGUUGCUAAGUGUACAUUUUGACUAUGCCACAAAGUUAAUAUUAAUGCAACCCAAAGUGCAGCAGCCCACCUUUGUUAUAAUGUCCUUGGAUCACGGGCAAUAGAUAUCUGAAAGAGCUGAGUGCAACAUAUCUAUUCCUUGGAAUUAUUUGAUGCAGAUGUGUUGACACUACAGUAGUUUGGCCUUCCUAUACUAACAGCCUGGUCAUGGUUUUGAAUAAAUUACUUCUUUUAUGUUUUAUUCCCCAAAGCCCAAAAACAAUAAAUAAGACCAUGACUGUCACCACAUAAUCCACAGACUACAAGCAGGAGGAAAGCCCAAACUGUAGACAUGCUAAAUUUGCUAAGGAAAAAGUUAUUAUCAUGGAAAUUAUAGAGCUCUGCCUGCAAGUGUGAACGUAGGAGGAGCAUGUGUUUCUUCUUGUCAUGGCUAAGCAAUUCUAUCAUUUCUGUGGUGGUGCAAAAACAGUCUCACCAAACAGGAAAAUUGACAUUAAGUGCUUGUUUUUGUUACUUAAAGAUUUCACUGAUGUUUGUUUGUUUGUUGGUCUACUAGCUGGUGUAUGCAUGUGUGUGUGUGUGUGUGUGUUUCUCUGAAGAAUGUCUAGAGAGUAGGUAGGUUGUGGAGAGAAUCCAUAAUGCAGCCCUAUAAUUCAGAAAGAAUGCUGAUUCACAGGCAGAACAAAAGCAACGUUUGCUUUAGCACUCUGCACGGUUGUAUGAGUGCUGGUUUUGCAGAUCAGCCUGUCUGCUUUGCUUGCAAGUGUAGGUUGUAUUUUUCAAGAUAUUUUUGUCAGUCCAUAUUCCCAUGUGUCCCUACAGGUUUAUGUAAGCAUUUGUUUAUAGAGAGGCAUGCAUGCACGGUAUUAUUAUCAGGUGUAUAUAUAUAUAUAUGUGUGUGUGUGUGUGUGUGUGUGUGGCAUAGCUGUUGGUGGGCAGUGAGAGCAGCACCAGGUGCAGCUCAGCUUUGUAUGGGCGAAGCUGAGAACCCUUAUGGAAACACAACUAGAGAGAGAAGAACAGAGAUCCUUGCAUUGUGUGUGAGAGAGAAAGUGAGAGAGAAGGGAGGGAGGUAAAGCUGGAUACUGAUACAGAAAAACAGAGAGGAAAAAAGCCCCCACCUGUUUUCCCAUAAGCUGCUGUCACUCUUCUCUCCACUAUCGCCACUUCCACCCUGGUCAGUUUUUUUGUUCUUACUUGAAGAGGAGAGGCCAGGGUAUGAUAAGAAACCAGGGGAAGAAGCUGGGCAACCGAUGAGAUGGAGAAGGUGAGAAGAGAAGAGAGGAUAGUAAGAUAACCAUGUUGACACUGCAGACAAGUGAAAUUAUUAACACCAGACUGAAGAGAGAAAGGGUGGAGAGGGGAGGAAAGGAGACAGCGAAGUGAAUGGUCAGAACUAUUUUUAAAUGUCUGAUGUAUGAGCAUGGUUAACUGCUUCGACUCAGUAAUUGUCAGGGCUCCAUGAAUAAUUUGGUUUCGAGAAUGACUGAGCUGUGAAGAGAAGAGCAGAGCAGGUGAUGGACAGGUGAGUGAGGAGGAUGAACUGUGAAAUGUAAAGAUGUAUUACUGUACUUCCUAUCAAUGUGGACUCGGGCAGUAAUUUGGACCGGCACUCAAGCCAAAAUGUAGGGCAAGUUAUUAUCAUUUUCACUGGUCAUUACACCAAAUUAUUUUUUAUUAGAAGAAAAGAUGUCACAGGAUUUGCACAGAGACAGAUUGACAGAUUUAAUAUUUUUGCUAGCAUCAGUUUUUUCAGCGUGAAAAGAAAUGGAGGCAGACAAAUACAGUAGAUGGGAAAGAGGAGGAGGAGUGGAGAGAGAGAUGCACUGGCAGAUGGAGGCACUUUCAGUUACCCCAGAGGCAAAAAAAAA